CCCAUGGGAUCCGGAUACAAGACUCAGGAGGUUCAGGUUGCGUACAAACUUUUACGCGUUUGCAGGUUUAAGAACGCGCCUGGAAAUUACAUCAACAGUUUCGAGUUGUCUGCUUGUCACUUGUCAGUUUGUUUUUUUCCAAAAGUCAGACAAGAGUUUUGCUGGUUAAUUGAGGCUCAAAAGUCAAAAUAUGCGUUGUUUGUGAAAAAUAUGUUGUCUCGGAAUCAAAUUGUUACACCAGUUAAAGGAAACAGGAGUUUCAUCAGAAGAGAUAAAGCAUCAUCAGUACUACAACCAGGUGGUAUUGGAUGUCAAAGAAUUUUAAAAUGCUUCCCUCCAGGUAUUAAUGAAAAUAUUCAAGCAGACCUCCAAGUAAAAUUCACAGAGCUGAUAAUAAGAGUUCUGAUAGCAAAUGAAGGUCUCCAUUACUAUCAGGGUUUUCACGAUAUUGCCAUCACACUGUUGCUUGUUUUAGGAGAAGAUAAAAGUUACAGUGUGUUAUGCAGACUUUCCCAAUCACAUUUCCAACUGUUUAUGGGACCAGAUAUGGAGCCUAUCUACAAUGGAAAUUCUUAACUUAGUGUAUGUACUAGUCAAAAAUGAAAAUCGUGAUUUGUACAAUUAUUUGAUGAGGUAUUUGAAACCCCUCUCCCCCCCCCUAAAAAAAAAGAGAAAGAUUCUCUUUAAAAUUUGAAUAACCUG